AUGGAACCUGCUCAGAUGGUGACUGGAUCAUCGAUGACUGAAACCUGGAGUGGAGAUUUUGAGUCAUCCGCUAUAGACAAUUAUGGUGACCUGGUGAAUUAUGAAAUUUGCCACCUGCAAGAACUGCCAUAUGCCUAUAUCUUUAUCCCCACCGUCUACUACAUUACUUUCCUCAUUGGUUUCUUCGGGAACCUCUUUGUGAUCCUGUUGAUGGCACGAAAGGAAGGCCGGAAGAGGCUCGUGGACACCUUUGUCCUCAACCUGGCCGUGGCUGACCUGGUCUUCGUAUGCACCCUGCCUUUCUGGGCUGUAUCAAAAGCCCUCGGUUACUGGUGCUUUGGCGAGGGGCUAUGCAAGUUGAGUAGCUACGCCAUCACUGUGAACCGUUGCUCUAGCAUCUUGUUCCUGAUGGGCAUGAGUGUGGAACGCUUCCUUGUGAUGACCAAGCAGUGGGAUUCCAGGACCAUCAGCACCAAGAAGAGCAUAGCUAUGAGCUGUGGUUGCAUCUGGGUGUUCUCCCUUCUGCUGGGGAUGCCAUCUCUAUUCUACAGAAAAUUGAACCCGGUGGAUGACAAGUAUUUGUGCCAUGACGAGCCCUCCCCCACCUUCAGCUUGAUUAUGCUCAUCUUGACCUUCCUCCUGCCUUUGGGAGUAAUCUUGUUCUGCUAUUGCUCUAUCUUCUCCAAGCUUCAAAGCCAUGUCCACCUAGGCAAGAGGAGAAACAAUGCCCUCAAGAUCAUCUUUGCCAUCGUUGGAGCAUUUAUCUUUUCUUGGCUGCCCUUCAACGUGUUAAAGGUAUUCUUCGUCUUCACCAUGGCCCAGGACAUCCAUCCCCGCUGCUCAGCAAUGAUGGCUCUCACGUGGGGGCUGACCAUCAGUGCUUGCCUGGCAUUCGCAAACAGCUGUGUUAACCCUAUCAUCUAUGUCUUUAUGGAUCAGCAAUUCCGACAGCAGGCCCUGAAGCAUUUCCCUGAUUUCUGCAGCAAAAGGGGAAAUGUGCAAAGUUCAGCCCUGUCCUUUUCAUCCACAGACACAAGCCUCCUAUUUGCCAGCAGGAAGAAGCCCACACCAGCAACAUCAGCUCGGGCAGGAGACCCAGAGAGCAAAGGGGUAGGUUUGUAA